GUGGUAUCAUCUAUGCAGAAGGGGCAGUGGACACAUGACCGCCGCACUCAGGGCCCUGCUGUGCAUUGGGCUGAGUCUGAGCCCCAGGACCACCGUGCGUGGAGGGACCACCCAAAACCUGAGGAUCUGGGCUGAACCAGGAUCUGUGGUGCAAUGGGGGGCACCUGUGACCCUCUGGUGUAAAGGGAUGCUGGGUGCCCUGGAAUAUGGUCUGUAUAAAGAGGGAAGCCAAGUGCCCUGGGAAAGACGAACAUCACUGGAACUCAGGGACAUGGCCAUGUUCUCCAUCCCAUCCGUGACAGAGCAGCAUGCAGGGAAACAUCACUGUUACUGCCGAACCCCUGCUGGCUGGUCAGUACGCAGUGAUCCCCUGGAGCUGGUGGUGACAGGACUCUACCUCAAACCCAGUCUCUCAGCCCUGCCCAGCCCUGUGGUGACCUCAGGAGGGAAUGUCACCCUCCAGUGUGGGUCAGAUCUAGGAUUUGACAGCUUCAUUCUGACUCAGGAAGGAGGAAACAAGCUCUCCUGGACACUGAAAUCACAGCAAAGCACCAGUGACAGCUUCCAAGCCUUUCUCAGUGUGGGCCCUGUGACCCCCAUGCACAAGUGGACAUUUAGGUGCUACGGCUGUUACAGGCAAAACCCCCAAGUGUGGUCAGAGCCAAGUGAUGCCCUGGAGCUUCUCUUCUCAGGGCUGUCCAGAAAGCCCACCUUGUUGACACAGCAGGGCCAUGUCCUGGCCCCCGGACACAACCUGACCCUCCAGUGUCGCUCCGACCUUCACUAUGAGAGAUUCGUUCUGUCCAAGGAGGGGGCAGGUGAUCUCCCCCAGUGCCCUGCCCUGCAGCUCCAGGCUGGGCUCUCACAGGCCAACUUCACCCUGGGCCCUGGGAGCCACUCAUGCAGGGGCCGCUACAGAUGCUACGGUGGACACAGCCUCUCCUCAGAGUGGUCUGCUUCCAGUGACCCCGUGGAUAUCCUGAUCCCAGGUCAGCUCCCUGCCACACCUUACCUCUAUGCAGAGCCAAGUCACAUGGUGUCCUCAGGAGAGGAUGUGACCCUGCUGUGUCGGUCACAGAGCCCGAUGGACACUUUCCUUCUGUCUAAGGAGGGAGCAGCUGAUCCCCCCCUGCGUCUGAGAUCAGAGUCCCAAGCUCAGUGGUCCCAGGCAGUAUUCUCCAUGGGGGCUGCGAGCUCAGCCCUCACAGGGACCUACAGGUGCUAUGGCUCCUGGAACUCCUCUCCAUACCUGCUGUCACAGCCCAGCGAGCCCCUGGAGCUCACAGUCUCAGGAGGCCCUGAAGAUCACCUGCUCCUGCCAGAAUCUGGAACCCGGGAUGGUAGCAUGCCAGGACUGCAAUGGAACAAUAAGGUUGUGACUUGGGUGUCCAUAUCCUCUUCCCUGCUACUGCUGCUCCUCCUUCUCUUCUUUCUAUACUGGCAUCAAGGAAGAAUCAGGAAGAGAGAUGUCACCAUGAAGAACACAGAGGCUGAGGACAGGGUGGAGCUGGACACUCAGGCUGCUGCACAAAAGGGUGACCAGGAUGUGACUUAUGUCCAACUCUGCAGCAGGACGCUCAGACAGGGACCAGCUGCACCUCUUUCCUUCAAGGACAGGGCCCUCCUAGUGGAGCCCAGUGUGUAUGCUACCUUGGCAUCCACUUGCCCAGAAGAUGUCUCAAAGAAUAAGAGACCGUGAUGUCUGCCCUCAGGAUGGUAACAGCCUGAGGGUGCUCCCCGUGUGGCUUCUCUUCAGCACAGCCAGUUACGCAGUGAGGCUGAGGAGUGCUGGAGCAGCUGAACACUGUACUGGAUCACUCACAGGAAGACAAAGCAUGGAUGGGACGUAACAUGACACCGUCACAUUACUCUAAUGAAAAACGGGUGUUUUCAACAUGCCUGGGAUAAGGGUCUGAUAUGUCUCAACCGACAUCACACUUCCAGCUUUGGACAGGGAUAAAGUGGAAGGGCAUCUCCCCACUAUUGUGACUUUAUCCAUGAAGACUGAUUGAACAUAUGAGCCCACACCUUGUAAGACAACACAUUUACGGAGAUUUUACUAUGUCGUCUGUGGUCCCUUGAUAUUGCAGGA